AUUGAUGAGCUGAUGUUAUUGGCGAACAAUUUAGUGUCACCGCAACUCUCUGCGGUGCACAAUCUAAGUCUAGAGAGGAAUCGCGAUCGUGGCAUUCCAAACCGAUGAAACCCAGCCAUAGAAGAAUGUGUUUUCGACUUGGAAAUGAGAUGGGCAAAGGAGAGAGGACCUUCGAGUGGUUCGAAAGUGGAGAAAGAAGCAGCAGCCUGCCGACUCUUUUUUUGUCCGGUAAAACAGAGUUUGCCUUCUGUUGUAACCAUCGUUGCACUAGAGGAUGAUUCAGAGGAUUUCGUUGCUUCUAGUAAGUUCAUUGAAUUCCCAGGAAUUAUUUCCCACACAGCUGAAACCCUAGAACAGAUUUUAGGCGAUCGAACACCUCCAUUGACAAGAACUCAAAAGCUCUGCCGCUUUUCGGUUGCACAGAGUUCCGAAAUUGAUGAUCUCGUCGUGACGUAUGGAGAUGAUUCGAAGCAAGAUGCCUUCAUCAACACGCUCAAGGAAGAACCAGGAACAUGUCGUUUUGUUGAAAUCGAGCCAGAACGAGCCCUAACAAAGAAGCAGCAAGUCGAUUGUUUGCCUCUGAAACUGCCGGAGUUCGACUCUGAAAACGGGUAUCUCGUCGGAGAGAUUGAGCACGAAUCGAGUCAAAUGAAUAAUGGGAAUCAGUUACUGGAUGAUCGUGGAAGGUGUAGCAUCACAGAAACAAGUUCAAAGCGGCCUGAAUUCAGAAUUCCCAAUUUCAGUUUGGAUGUUCUACGCUCACGGAAUUUGACUCCCGAUGACGGCUGGAAAAAUGCAGAUGAUGGUUUGUCUAGUCCCAGGAGCUAUCAAGGUUUAGAAGCAAUCGAAAAGUGUACUUCAAUGAUGGAGCAAGCAAAUUCGAGCAGUAGAUUGAAGAAUGAAGGCUCAAAUCAUUGUAAUUCUACUUUUGACGACUUCCCCGAGUUCAUCGCAAAACUGGGCAGUACUGUGAAGAUUUUGGCCUGGUUUCCAACAAUGAUCAUUGUCGAUAUUGGUCAAGGAGGCGAUGUAGAUUCAAGUAUCUUUGAUCCUCAUGAAAUCGUCCAUGCAUACCAACAAGACAGGAGGAAGUGAUUGCGUGCAGGCAGUUAUGCAGCAAUUGGAGUCCAUGUUUGAAACCCAUUUGAGAGUAUUUCUGAUCGUGUUUUGUCUUGCCGAAUAAUGCAAGCUUUGAGGG